AUGACGAUUUCUUCCGUCGAUAGUUCAUUAGACUCCGCCGGCAGCGCUAGUUCUCUCUUGGAACUUGCCCCACUUGAAGCAGUAUUAUUCGACGUUGAUGGCACGUUGUGUGAUUCAGACCCCCUUCAUCAUUACGCUUUCCGCGAGAUGCUCCUCGAGAUUGGCUUUGACGGUGGAGUCCCUAUAACAGAUGAAUUUUUCAUCAAAACUAUUGCUGGCAAACAUAAUGAAGAUAUUGGUCGUGCUCUUUUCCCAGAUGAUCGCGAAAGAGCCGUGAAGUUUCUUGAUGAUAAAGAAGCCAUGUUCAGAAGGAUAAUUAAGGAUAAAAUGGAACCUAUAAAAGGCUUAUACAAACUAACGAAAUGGAUCGAGGAUCGAGGGUUGAAGCGUGCUGCCGUGACUAAUGCUCCUCGAGCAAAUGCCGAGCUGAUGAUCUCAUUACUCGGGCUUUCGGAUUUUUUUCACGCAGUUAUUAUCGGGAGUGAUUGUGAACGAGCAAAACCAUUCCCAGAUCCAUACUUAAAGGCGCUUGAGGUGCUCAAUGUGUCUAAGGAGCACACUUGUGUAUUUGAGUUAGUAAACAUAUUAUCUCGUGUCCGCGUAUUGCAGCGAGCCCUCCCGCCCUCAGCCUCUAGUCUAGAAGGACCUCUAUGCAAAUCCAGUGCUUUUAGUAAAAGAACACUCUCAGAUCUGAUCCGACCACCACUCAUGGGUGUCCCGCCGGAGAACUCGGAGCUCGGCCUCCAACUCAGCACGAAUCGGCUGACCACCGCCGCCUGGCACGUCCUCGAUCCCUUAAUCCGGCGCCGGCGCCCCGCCCGGCUCUCCGACCUGGCUACAAUUUUUGCCUCUACUCCGGAGUUCGUACGCCUCCUCUGCUCGCUCCCUGAUUAUCCUCUCCGAUUGGGGGAUAAUCUCUCCGUCACGCUGUCGCCGCUGGGAAUCAUCACGGUUGCAGCUCGUUCGGAUGUGAUUAGGAGAUACCUGGAUUUUCCACAGACUGUGCCGCGGUUGUCUUUAGAUGUUCCGUUGAAUGAGAUAGUGAGGACGUACUAUAGGAAACGGAAGAGGCUGAGGUUGGAAGUUGUUGAUUUAUCGCCGCCGGAAAAGAGGAAUCGUUUAACUAACGUUGAAGAUGAGAUUAAUUUCAACUGGUCAACUAUGAUAAUGAUGUUGGGUGGCCCGCUUCAGAAUGUUCAUACUCAGUUUAUUCGGAAACCACCUAUCUUGGAAUGUGAUAAUGGGGAUUUUGAAAAGGUUAUAGAACCAGCCAUGUUUACAGAGCCAAGUUUCGGACAUGUGAGCUCUGACAAUGAAGAUCUUGAGCACAAGUAUGAUGAGAUGGGAGUCAAAUAUCUCCACGAAGAAGGGCUUGGUAUUUCACAUCAACAGAAUUGCACUCCAUUUCAAAGUAUAUCUCCAGAUACACACGAAAUAGAGGCAGAACUGAUGAUAAAUUCCUUCAAUCUUUCACAGCUGCCACUUCUACCACAUGUAUUAGGAAAUUCAGGAGGGUGCGAAAUUGGUGACCUUUAUGUUGCAAAUUCUAUUGAUUCACUAGAAGAGCAGAUGAUAGAUUCACAUGAGGAAAAUGAGGCUGUUAUUCAAGGGUGUCAGUCAUUAACUGAACAUGUGAAUGGAAACACAAAGGAAGUUUGCCUACUCGAUCCUGUUACAUCUGUAGGCCAUAACCAAAAUCAGCCAACAAAGGCCACCUUCAAAGAUAUAUCUUGCUUAGAUAAGCCUGGGGAGGUUCAAUGUAAUGCCAACAACGAAGCAUUUCUUGGACCUAUAACUGAAGAUCGUUUAAAGUGUCAAGGAGAACUGCAAAUUCCCCCCAGCAGACCGGCACAUAAGGAUGGAAUGUGUGACAUGGGAAACUCUAUACCCCCCAGCAGAGAGAACUACAAAUCCCCUCAUGAUAAAGGCCCAGAACAAUUAAAAUUAUACAAGAACCUGACUGAUAAGAAGCAAUACAUGAAGUUGAAUUACAUGAAUAAUGGAAAGAGAGAACCAUUCCUGGAGAAAAGGGAAAAGGCUUCCUCUGUAUCCAACAAUCAUAACGAUAAAAAACCUUUUCCCGAGUUUGAGUCUUUCGUAGUAGAAGAAGAAGAGGGCUCAGGAGGUUAUGGUACAGUUUAUCGAGCAAGACGAAAAGCUGAUGGAGUAACAUUUGCCAUCAAAUGUCCUCAUGUUAAUGCAAACAGAAAUUGUGUGAUCAAUGAGAUGAAAAUGCUGGAGAGAUUGCGGGGAAAAAACUUUGUGAUAAGAUAUGAAGGUUCUUUGAAGAGUGGGAGUGCUGAUUGUCUUGUUUUGGAGCAUGUUGUGCAUGAUAGGCCUGAGAAUUUAAGGAGAGAAAUUGACAUUAUUCAACUACAGUGGUAUGGUUAUUGUCUGUUCAAAGCCCUUGCAGGCCUACAUAAGCAGGGCAUUGUUCACAGAGAUGUUAAACCGGGGAACUUUCUUUACUCCCGCAAGGUCAAUAAAGGCUACCUGAUAGAUUUCAAUCUUGCAUUGGAUGUGUGCAAGAAAUACAGGAUAUUUGAUAACACUAAAGCAGGACAUAAUUCGAAUGAUCACGUUCCCAUUCCCCAGAACAGUUCUUUGCAUACAGCAAGAAGUAAGAAGUUAAUGAACACGAAAUUUCCUGAAGCAGUUGAUAGAAAUUCAGGGAAAAAAGUCUCCACUUCCCUUUUACCACCUGGCAACCUGAAAAAGAAGGUUGACAAAGCAAAAGUUUUCACCGAAGCAAGCAGCAGGAGAAUUAUCAGAAGCCAAGGUGGUGAUGGAUCUGGAAUAACUUCCACAAAGGAUGGGACAAGCAAUAAAACGAGAUCGGGAGAAAGGUUAAGAGAGCCCAUGCCGAAUACAGGGAGGAGUGAAUUGUUGAGCCUGGUGCAGGAAGCCCUCAAGGGUGGAAACUAUGAAUCUGCAACUGCUCCAAAAUCUAAAAGGAAACGAGUUUCUGCAUCUCCUGGAGAUACAGAGAAAUCUUCUCUCUAUAUAACUCCAAUGCCACUGCACAACAAUGGAGUUGCCAUUCGUGGUGCUGGGCAACUGAAAACAAAAGGUGAGGGGAAGUCCAGGCGAGAAGGCCCUUGCGCUGGAACUAAAGGUUUUAAGGCUCCAGAGGUACUAUUCAGAUCUCUGCAUCAAGGCCCCAAGGUUGAUAUUUGGUCUGCUGGAGUUACUUUACUGUACCUAAUGAUUGGACGGGCACCUUUCAAUGGUGAUGCUGAUCAGAACAUAAAGGAGAUAGCAAAGUUGAGGGGCAGUGAAGAUCUGUGGGAACUGGCCAGGCUACACGAUCGUGAAUCAUCUUUUCCAAGGGACCUAUUUGAUGCGAAAUACUUGACAUCUACAAAACUUGGGGAUUGGUGUGCGCGUAAUACACGGAGACCAGAAUUCUUGCAGGCCAUACCAAGGUCACUUUUUGAUCUGGUGGACAAGUGUUUAAUCGUGAAUCCACGACAUAGGAUCAGUGCAGAGGAAGCUCUUAGCCAUGAGUUUUUCAGUCCAUGCCGUUACCCUAAUGAAAUCAAGAGAGCAAAGGCUGUAAAGGCAAGGGAUGUUGAGUAGUUUCACCAACAAUCCUUUUAUUAUAAUUUUUUCUGUUGUACACUACUAAUAGAGUAGGUAAUCUGUUGAAUUUUGUAUAAUGUUGCUCUCCCCUGUGUAAAGCUGUAAUUUCCUCCUAGGUUUUUAUGUCUAAGGUAAUUAGUAAAAGACUUUCACAUUCUUAUUUUUACCUGGAAUUGACAAGUACUGUAUAAAACAAAUGAUCUUUUGCAACACAUUGAAGUUUGAGGGUGCAAUAUUUUAAAGAAAAAAAUUGAAGUACAACCACAUAAUACAUUGAAAGGGUGCAUUUCACUAUUGUUGUAUUUUUUAUAGAUUACGGUAAAUCUUCUAGGGCUGCAAAUAUAGGAAUUUCAUAAAACUAUCACCACCAAACAGAUCAAUACAACAGUAAGGCAGCAGAAGUUAGUACUCAGAUACUCAUAUGUAGAAGAAUGUACCCAUUAGGCAACAAAACACCAAGCAAAGCACACUAAAGUUCAAAUACAGCUAAUGCUAGUUUUUCCUUCCUAAGAUUCAACUCACGCCUUCUUCUUUUUUGACUUGAUCAUUACAUAUCCAAUAAACACCGAGAGAAAGCAGAUUAGGGUCACGCCUGCGUACACAGGUAUGAGAAUGGCAUAUUCCUGAGGAAGAAAGUAGCUGUGCACGAAAUGGUCACUGUCCACAAAAGGCUGGAUGAUAACCCAUAAGGUAUAAUAAGUGAAGAUGGACAAGCUGAUAAUUGAUAGAAGUAAGCCGAUGGCUCUAUCGGCUAGUUCCAUUAUAGUUCUAUUCCUUUGCUAGUUUGCUUCCGAUCUUAAAGUCUUGCAAAAUUUUCCGGUCGUCCAGCCGGCGGAGGAUGGAGGCUUUUGUCUACUGGGAGUCGUCGCUGAAGAUCUCGUCCUCGUCUGAGAUGGGGCUGUGAGGGAGGGAAUGAAAAGAAAUAAAUGGAAGGCAAAACAGUGACUUUUACGCUUUAC